UCGGCACCUGUCCGCACCAUGGCGGCUCGCGGGGCUGUGUGUCGGUGGGGUGCUGCCGCGGCCGCUACUCGUCGGGGGCUGCUCUGCUCCCGAAGGGGCUUCAGCGCUUCGGCAGACACUGUGUACGAUGUAGUGGUGUCGGGCGGAGGCCUGGUGGGAGCCGCCAUGGCCUGUGCCUUGGGAUAUGAUCCUCACUUUCGUGACAAGAAAAUCCUGUUGCUAGAAGCAGGCCCCAAAAGAGUUUUGGAGAAAUUGCCAGAAACUUACAGCAACAGGGUCAGCUCCAUUUCCCCAGGUUCUGCAACCCUUCUCAGUAGUUUUGGUGCCUGGGACCACAUCUGCAGUAUGAGAUGCAGAGCCUUCCGGCGGAUGCAGGUGUGGGAUGCCUGCUCCGAGGCCCUGAUACUGUUCGACAAAGAAAACUUGGAUGACAUGGGCUACAUAGUGGAGAACGACGUCAUCCUGCACGCUCUCACCAGGCAACUGGAGGCCGUGUCAGACCGAGUAACAGUUCUCUACCGGAGCAAAGCAGUCGGCUACACCUGGCCCUGUCCGUUGACUAUGGCAGACUCUAGCCCAUGGGUUCUCAUUACCCUAGAUGACGGCAGCACGCUCCAGGCCAAAUUGUUGAUUGGUGCAGACGGUCACAACUCGGAAGUACGGCGGGCUGCAGGAAUCCAGAAUAUUAGCUGGAACUACGAUCAGUCUGCUGUUGUGGCGACUCUGCAUCUGUCAGAGGCCACGGAAAACAAUGUCGCUUGGCAGAGAUUUCUUCCCUCCGGGCCCAUUGCUCUCCUCCCGCUCUCAGACACCUUGAGCUCCUUGGUUUGGUCCACAUCCCACGCACACGCAGCAGAGCUGGUCAGCAUGGAGGAGGAAGAGUUUGUAGAUGCCAUUAACUCGGCCUUUUGGAGCGAUGCUAACCACACAGACUUCGUUGACUCAGUGAGCACCUUGCUGCAGUCUACGAUUGCCUUUCUGAAGCCUACCAAGGUCUCUGCACGCCAGCUGCCCCCAAGCGUAGCCAGGGUGGAUGCCCAGAGCCGAGUACUGUUCCCCCUUGGAUUGGGACACGCUGCUGAGUAUGUGCGGCCUCGCCUCGCACUCAUUGGGGACGCAGCCCACCGAGUACAUCCGCUGGCAGGACAAGGGGUCAACAUGGGCUUUGGGGAUAUCUCCAGUUUGGUUCAUCACCUCAGUGCUGCAGCCUUCAAUGGGAAAGACUUAGGCUCUAUGAGCCACCUCACACGUUAUGAAACAGACCGGCAGCGUCACAACACUGCUCUUCUCGCUGCCACCGACCUGCUCAAAAGGCUGUAUUCCACCAAGGCCACUCCGCUGGUGCUGCUCCGGUCGUGGGGCCUGCAGGCAACGAAUGCAGUAUCUCCCCUCAAGGAACAGAUUAUGGCCUUUGCAAGCAAAUGAAUGCUUCUGUGGAGAUGACUUUGAUGAAAAAUCAACAUUCUUUUCCACGAUGUCACAUAUUUUCAAUAACACCUUUUCAUAUUUAAUAAAUGGACAUUAGAAUUU